UUCACAAGGAUAUAUUUUACAGGUAUUUUUGACCCAAAACGAUGAACCAAGCAGGCCCUUAGAAAAAAUAUAGUGCACGCGCAAAAGCGUCUCAAGAUUGGCCAGUAAACCCUCGCAUUUGAUAUACUCCUUCCGUCUAAAAACAAAGCUCAUCACUUUUGCAUUUCGCAACCAAUGCACUGCAUUUGAUAUAACCAUUCCCUUUCUAUAGUAACACAAUUUUAUGGGCUCCUCGCGGCUGUUCUUUGCACUGUAAUUAUUUAACACAUCUACCCUCGAUCUACCCGCUUGCUAACUCCAGGUUUAUAAACCAAGCGAACUUUUCGCGUCCCUGAAGCGUAAAGGAUGCUGAGCUCGCCGGCGCAAAUGGCACUUGGCCGCGCGAGAUCGCCGGCGCUGGUGCUAGUCGCCGCCGUCCUUGGCUCGCUCUGCAUCGUCGCACUCUCGGAGGAUGAGCAACUGGAGAACCUGCGGUUCGUGCAGCACGCGCAGGACGCGCCGCUGGUGUCGCACUUCAACUACAUCGUGGUCGGCGGCGGCACGUCCGGGUGCCCGCUGGCGGCGACGCUGUCGGAGCACUCGCGGGUGCUCCUGCUGGAGCGCGGGGGCCUCCCCUACCGCAACAUGUCGAACCAGGAGCACUUCACGGACGCGCUGGCCGACACGUCGCUGGCGUCCCCGGCGCAGCGGUUCAUCUCGACGGACGGCGUGGUGAACGCGCGGGCGCGGGUGCUGGGCGGCGGGAGCUGCCUCAACGCCGGGUUCUACACGCGGGCCAGCAACGAGUACGUGCGCACGGCCGGGUGGGACGCCAGGCUGGUGAACUCGUCGUACCGGUGGGUGGAGCGCGCGCUGGUGUUCCGGCCCGACGUGCCGCCGUGGCAGGCCGCGCUCCGGGACGCGCUGCUGGAGGCCGGCGUCACCCCGGAUAACGGAUUCACCUUCGACCACGUGACGGGGACCAAGAUCGGCGGCACCAUCUUCGACAACAACGGGCAGCGGCACACCGCCGCCGACUUCCUCCGGCACGCCCGGCCGCGGGGGCUCACCGUGGUGCUCUACGCCACGGUGUCGCGGAUCCUGUUCAGGAGCCAGGAGGGGGUGCCGUACCCGGUGGCGUACGGGGUGGUGUUCGCGGACCCGCUGGGGGUGCAGCACCGGGUGUACCUCCGGGACGGGGCCAAGAACGAGGUGAUCCUGUCGGCGGGGACGCUGGGGAGCCCGCAGCUGCUGAUGCUGAGCGGCGUCGGCCCGCAGGCGCACCUGGAGGCGCACGGCAUCCAGGUGCUGGUGGACCAGCCCAUGGUCGGGCAGGGCGUGGCCGACAACCCCAUGAACUCGGUCUUCAUCCCGUCGCCCGUGCCCGUGGGGCUCUCCCUGGUGCAGGUGGUCGGGAUCACCAAGUCCGGCAGCUUCAUCGAGGGCGUGAGCGGCUCCGAGUUCGGCAUCCCGGUGUCGGACGGCGCCCGCCGCCUCGCCAACUUCGGCCUCUUCUCGCCCCAGACCGGGCAGCUCGGCACGCUGCCGCCGGGCCAGAGGACGCCGGAGGCGCUGCAGCGGGCGGCGGAGGCGAUGAGGCGGCUGGACCGGCGGGCGUUCCGGGGCGGCUUCAUCCUGGAGAAGAUCCUGGGGCCGGUGUCGACGGGGCACAUCGAGCUGCGCACCACCGACCCGCGCGCCAACCCGGCCGUCACCUUCAACUACUUCCAGGAGGCGGAGGACCUGGAGCGGUGCGUGCGGGGGAUCCAGACCAUCGAGCGGGUGAUCCAGUCGCGCGCAUUCUCCAACUUCACCUACGCCAACACCACCGUCGAGUCCAUCUUCACCGACUCGGCCAACUUCCCCGUCAACCUUCUGCCGCGGCACGUCAACGACUCCCGCUCGCCGGAGCAGUACUGCAGGGAGACCGUCAUGACCAUCUGGCACUACCACGGCGGCUGCCACGUCGGAGCCGUCGUCGACGACAACUACCGGGUGUUCGGGGUGGGGGGGCUCAGGGUCAUCGACAGCUCCACCUUCAGGUACUCCCCCGGCACCAACCCGCAGGCCACCGUCAUGAUGCUCGGCAGGUAUAUGGGCAUAAAGAUUCAGGCCGAGAGAUGGAGGAAAUGAUAUUUCAGGAGCCAAAUUUGCAUGUAAUUCGUUGCAUAAUAUUGUAUUUGGCGGACCUGGUUUAGAACAGAUUAAAUUGUUUUUUUUCACUUAUUAUUCUCUAGGCAUAGUCUUUUAGUGCCUGUUUGUUGAUUAUUAUGAAACCCAGACAUCCCUUUAACAUGCA